CUUGUCCGAUCACAACUAGCAUAAGCAGUAGUUUCUUUUCCUGUUGUUGAUGUGAAGCGUAAUUGCCUCAAAAGUUAGUGUUAUUUUUUGUGAGGAUUUUAUUUGUCUCUUAAUCCCUUCGACCCGUCAGCGUUAAGUUUUUUUUUGGUGUUGUGAAGUUAUCCGCAGUAAUCGCAAUAUCUAUUUUAUUUGCUGGCGAUAUCUACGACAGUGCUCGGCACACCCGGAUUUCGGGCUCGAGAAGAGCCUCCAGAGAAAAAAGAGGUUUACAGGAUUAACCAUGGGAUUGGCACAGAGUAAGCGCUCGGUCAACAUAACGACAGAUCCGGCCAAGGAAGGAGCCGUUACAGAAGGAGCCGGAAAGUUAGAAAAGAUCGCCGAAGUUGAUCAACUGAAAGCACAGGCUAACGGAGAUGCUCAGCACAACGACGGUGACAACGAAAAGAAAGUAGAAACGGAUGCCGCCGAAAACGAAAAAGAUUCUGCCACAGAGAAAGCCAACAAAGAGGGCGGCGACGGUGGUGGCGGUGGAGGCGCCAGCGACACCAGUGCGGCCGCCGUUUCUCCGACGUCGGAAAAGGAAGGCGAAUCUGAUGCGAACAACAAGACGCUCGAAAACGGCAGCAAUGAUGAGUCCCUGAACGACAGCAAAGCCGCGGCGACGACCGACGAGGCCAACAAGAAGGCCAAGAAGCCCAAGAAGAAGUGGUCCUUCCGUAGCCUGUCGUUCAGCAAAAAGGAUAAACAGAAACCGGCCAAGAAGGAGAAGGACGAGGAGCGAGUCAACGGAGAGUGCGAGAAGGUCCCGGAAGAGCCUACUGAGGAUGCCACCGCAGCUGCUGCCGUAGCCCAGGAAGCUGCGUCCACCACCGCCGCAGCGGGAACAAGUGACUCGAAAACGGAAUCUGCCCCUGCUGCCGCCGCCGCCGCUGAAGUGACUACCACGACCCCGACUGUCGCCGCCGAUGUAACCACCACCACCACCGCCGCUCCGGUUGACUCCACCAAAGUGGAGGAGCCUGUGAUCGAAGCUGUGGCCGUAGCUGCCCAGGAGGCUGCCGCCCCCGUCGUCGCCCCAGUAGCCGUGGAAGAGAAGGAACCGGAAGUGGCCAAGGUCGCCGCUGCUCCAGUUGUCGCUGCUGCCGCCGCCGAAACUGUUGCUCCGAAGGCCACUGAGGAAGAGCCGGAACCCGUCGUUGCCCCCGCCCCGGUCGAAGAGAAAGUGGUGGUUGAGCCGCAGGCCGUUGUCGAGGUAAACACUCCUUCCACUACUACUACUCCUACUACUAGUACUACUACCACUAGUGCCGCUGUAGAGGUAGAGAAACAACCAGAAGAGGCAACAGUAGAGGCUGCCGCUACUUCUACUGCCUCAGCUCCUUCUCCUCCUCCUUCCAAUUCCGAAAUUACAAGCGAAUCCGAAGCGUCCGGGAAGGUCGUAGAGGAGUCGACGGUCGUCGCUGGUGACGGUGGCGAAAGUACGCCCCCACCCCCACUACCCUCCAUUCCCCCACCCUCUCAGGUGAUGGUGUUCGUUGAGGCGUCCAUGUCGCAGGUCGCUAGUGAAGAUCCGCUGGUUUCGGUUUCGCUCAAUCCAACUGACGUUGCGCCGCCGGUUGGUUCCGAAGAGGCCCCUAAAACGGAAGAGCAUGUCGAAGUGAACGUCGUCGAGGGUACAGGGGCGGCGGCGGCCGCUACCGCUGUUGCCCCUUCGGCGGACGAUAAGGAUGAGGUUGUUGCGCAGGUUGAACUCGUCGGGGAAGUCGGUCCACUUAAGUCGUCGGAUGAGUCCUCCGUUGCGCCGGUUGAAACUCCCGCCGUGCCAGCGACGGUAGCUGAGUUGUUAGCGCAGGAAACUGCACCAGUUGUUGACGAAGUGAAGCAGGAACCGGAGCCAGUAGUUGAGGAACAGACAGUCGUCGCCGAAUCAGUCGCCCCGGUACAGGCCCCGGUACCUGUCGCCGCUCUGGAUGAAACAAUCAAAGAGACGGCCAAGGAGGCGGUCGGCCAAAUUCUUGAGCAAGCGGUCGAAACGAUUGAAAGCGGUAAAGCUCAGCUUCCGGUAGAAGCCACCGUUGCUCCGGCAGAAGAGGCAGUAAGCGCCGUCAAGGCAGAGGAACCACUGGUCGGAUCGGAGGAAGUGACCGAUGAAAUCAGUAACAAUAUCGAUGAUCUGCCCCCGCCACCUCCGCCACCGGCGGUCGAUGAUGAGGAGACGGUUCCGGAUUCGCUGCCCUCGCCGCUGCCCACCAUCGCUGCCGCUGUGCCGGCCGAGUUGCUGGAGGCGACUCUCGGUGCCGAGGCAGAUGCCAAGCUGGACCAGAGCGUCCUGUCGGUGGACAUUUCCUCACCGCUGCCACAGAACAGCCUCGAGUCACUUCCAUCGCCACCGACACUGUCCCAGAGUGAUGUUAGUCUGCCACCACCACCAGAAUCUCCUGCCGAACCCGCCACCGUAUCCGAGCAGCAAACAACCAUUACCGCCAGCCCGCCAGCACCAGAAACCGAAUCCGACGCUGUCCUACCGCCGCCUCCGCCAGCACCAUCAUCAACUAACGCAAACACGUCCACCACCAGCCCUUCCAUCCCACCAACAUCUCCCCUUCCAGAGGCAGAAGUAGAAGUAGCAAAGCAUGAAACAGUAGAUACAAAAGAGCAGCAGCUCGAAACAGUUGAUUCUCACGUUGUCCCGGUAACGGAAGCGGCGGUGGUGGUGGCGGCGGCUGUGCAGGAGGAAGAAGUAGUGGCGCCAGUGGAGAAGAAGAAGGGCGAGCACGAGGAGCACACAAAUGUGCCCGUGUCCAACAGCAGCGACAGCAGUCCCGCCCAGCAACAGCAACCGGAAGCGACAGCAGCAAGUACAGAAUCGGACGAACAGCAGAAGACACCAGUGCCGGCAGUGCCCGUUGUGGCCGCACCGGCGGAAGUAGAGGAAACUGUCGCGCAAAAGCAAAACGGAACCGUCGAGAACGGCAAGAGCAACGGCACGACCGAAAAUGGCACCACCGAGAACGGAACUGUCGAGAACGGCCAGAAUGGUGUGCACGAAACAUCCGCCACCGAGAGUCUGAACGGUGAAGGCGAACACAAAAAAGAGGACAAAAUUCCAGAGAAGGCAGCCCAGCUCCAGCAACCACCACCACCGGCAGCACCAGAAGUAACGGCUGAGUAAAGCACGAGCAAGAAUCGCUGGAGAAACAAUAACAGCACCUAUUCGUUAUUAAUUAAUUAUAAUGCAUAAACGUAAUAAUAAUUAUAAAAAAGAAGAACGAAUGCAGUUGAUACUACGAGAUGGAAAGUGAAACAAAAGUGGGGGGGGGGAGGGAAUUGAUAAUGCUUCUCAAGCACGAGAAGAAACGAAGAAGCAUGUCACGAGCAUAGCGAAGGAGAUUGAAUGUAAGGAACUUUUCGAAAAGCGAAGGGGAAACCACAACGAAACGAUCGAAGGGAAGGAAAACAUGCAGAAAGAAGCAAGAAUUAUCGUUCGAGAUGAAAUCAUUGAAGCAUACACUUUACAAACCCAAUACAUACACGUACAUCUACACAAAUUUAGCACUGAGUUUUUUUCUGUAUCAUUUGCAUCGCUGAUAAGUUUUCUUUUAAAUCUUUCAAAGUCAUUUUUUUAAUUUUUGAUAAUCUCCCCAUAAAGUUGGGCAACUUUCAUUCGUCAGUGUGGUCUCAGAGGCACGCCGAUGAGUUGUUACUGCAUGUGGAAACAAAACUCUGAAAUAGAAAUCUCCCAUCUCCUCGUAUCUAUCGAUAGAGAAUUUAGGCUUACAAAGAGGUUGUCUAGCAGGAAGAAAAGGUCUAGGGAUUUGAAUCGACACAACACCUCAUCCUUCAUUAUAUUGUAGAAAUUUGUAAUUUGGAAAAGAAAAACACACACGCACACGCACAUACAAGAAACAAGAAGCCAGUACAAGCGUAUCGACUCCACGAAAUAGCUCACGAUCAAGAUGUCCUUUUGGAAAAGCGAUUAUGAAUCGAUUGAACAGUGCGCUGUGUGCUACCGAGCUAAAAAAUCUUAUCAAAGUGUGUCCGCACACCGAUACCGUUUGAACGAAGGUUCUGGCCAUGUGGGGAUACCGUUGCAAGAAGAUGAGGAUCAAUUCGUUUGCUGUUGGAGCAAUGUACUUGUGUGAGUGUGUGUGUGUGUUUAGUGGUAGUCUCUUGAUAUGGGAUCGACAAAGGGAGAUGAAGGAGGGAAUACGUUGAAGCGAGGAGCAUACAAUAGCGCGCGAUCCUGUCCUUUGUACUACUUUAUUUUUUCUUUUAAUGAUGAUUAUGCGAAGAAGAGAAUAAAUAAACCUUUUCAAUCAAAACCCACGCCGGAAGGCUCUCCUCAAUUGGCGACGUUAGCGAAAGUAUGAAAAUCGAGGACGACUUGCACUGG